AUGCCCUUCUGCAACGUUACACCCUUUGAGGCGUCCCGCCUGCGGGAUGCGGCAACGGGGGAGGGGGAGGAAAAGGGUGCUGUCAUGGUGGAGCACGCCGUCCUGCUUGCCGAGAAUAUAAUGGGGCGGUACGCGGAGGCGCGGUACGCCGACUGCGACUCCGCCGGCACCGAUGAGUCCCCCACGUCUUCCUCGCCGUCGUGGUUUGACGCAGUAAGGGCGGAUGCGGCGCGGACGGUGAGGGAGUUUCCGUACCCGUCUCUGUUUCUCCAUCCUCUUCCGUUAAACAUGCGCGAGCAUCCGGACGCCCCGCCGCCGUUUCUGCUGGCACAGCCGACAGUAGCAGCGGACGGUGACGCUGACAACGGCGACGUGGGAGGGGCGCCGCGAGGAGGCCACCGGGCGAUGCUCGUGCUCAAUGGCGGGGCGCCUGCAGUGGUGACGGUGCUGCAGGGCGAAUGUGGUCUCGCCGUCGUUGCCCCUCGCAUUGGGUCCACGGACUCGCAAGGCGUGUACCUGCUGAGCCCCGACGCCACUUCCUGCACCAUCGUGGCGUGCCGGGUUGGCCUGCACCCGCAGUUGCGCCAGAAGGUCAUGGCGGCCGCGGGGGAAGCGACGGAGUCUGGUGACGGUGCGUUUGCUUGGCGGUGCUGCAAGACGUUUACGGCGGCCAUGGGACACUUUGACAGCGCACGAGGCGUUGCCGAAGCGUUGUACGAGAUGCUCUGGGAGACCGCGUUGCCUGCGUGGUUCCAUGCGGCCCUGCACAACGGUGGAGGGACGGGCGGUGGUGGUGUGGUGGGCGCGGCGGCGGACCUCGUUGAGCGAUUGCACCGCCUUUCUCAGACAGCAGCGGCAACGGACGCCGCACCUGCCGGCCUGGACGCUCCCGUACUGGUGGCGGAGUGGUUUGUGGUGGGGGGGGUGCGCAGCCGGAAGCACACGCUGCCCAUUCUUGCCACCGUACUGGGUGCGUUGCUUGCCGCGGAGGAGACGGAUGGCGGUGGCGCAGUCCUUCCCCGUGGAGGGCGCUGCAUUCUAAGGCCGUCGUUCAGACUGUCGGAUGUGCUUGGCGGGGAGAGCAAAGAGGGGGUGGGCGCAACUUCGGUGCGGCUUGCACAUCGUCUUCGCGAGGACGGCGUCUGCUUCUGGAGCCUCAUCACGGUGCUACGGCCCUGGGCAGGGGGGCGCGCCGGCGACCUGUACUCCUGUCCUGCCAGCUGGGGGCUUCUCGUAGACGUGGGGGGCGGCGGCUGUUGGCCCGCCACGGUGCAGCCUGGGACCCGCUGCUACCCGCUCGCGGCGCUUCGCCAUGCGUUGGUGCGGUCGGGCUUCCACUGGACGUGCCCGCUGCAGCGGGAGGGGACGUUGCGCGUGCGUCGGGUGGCUGCCACGGCACGGGCGACGACGUACUUUGGCCUGAAGCUGACUCCCCCGGCAGAGAGCGCCUGCAAUGUCUCCCUCGCGACGUAUGUAGCGCUGUUCUUGCACCGGAGGGAGGAUGCGGAAGCGGCGGAAGCGGAGUGUGCGGCCGCCCCCCUGCCCGUUUUGGUGCGUCGUGGCAAGUGGGAGAGGCUAGAGAACGUUGGCGUGCUCGACGACGUGCCCGACAGCGUCUUUCUCCUGUGCUCAACGACACCGCACUGCGAGCCCCCAGACUUCGCCGCGAUAGGGCGGCAGCGUCUCAGUGUCAUGAGUGAGUUUAGCGUGGCUGAUGUGUUUGUGGAGGACGCUGUCGGUAUUCUUGCGUGA